GUUCUCAAGCCAAAUACAGUUUUUUACGAGUAAUCAAUGGCUUCUCCCCUUCAGUGCAGCAUCGUUGCUCUGCUUCUUCUGUUCUGUUUGAGGAGUUCCUCUGCUCAGCUCUCGACCAAUUUCUAUUCCACAUCCUGUCCGAAUGUGCUCUCCACCGUUCGAUCGGUCGUUCAGUCUGCAAUUUCUAGUGAGAGAAGAAUGGGCGCUUCUCUUCUUCGUCUCUUCUUCCAUGACUGCUUUGUGAAUGGUUGUGACGCCUCUUUGCUUCUUGACGACACAUCAAACGACACGCCAAACUUCACCGGAGAGAAAAACGCAAUCCCAAACAGAAAUUCUGCCAGAGGUUUCGAAGUCAUUGACAGAAUUAAAACAGCGGUGGAGAAAGCUUGUCCUGGAGUGGUCUCCUGUGCUGACAUCUUAGCCAUCACAGCAAGAGAUUCUGUAGUCACUCUUGGAGGACCAAACUGGCCCGUCAAAUUAGGCAGAAGAGAUUCCAGAACUGCAAGCCAAGGUGCUGCUAAUAACAACAUUCCACCUGCAACCUCCAGCCUUAGUAAUCUCAUUUCUUCAUUUUCAGCUCAGGGGCUCUCUGCUAAGGACAUGGUUGCCCUUGUAGGUGCCCAUACCAUAGGACAAGCCAGAUGCACAAAUUUCAGAGCAAGGAUCUACAACGAGAGCAAUAUUGACCCCUCAUUCGCGCAAUUAAGAAGGUCGAGUUGUCCCCGUAGCUCCGGCGACAAUAACCUCGCACCGUUGGACUUACAGACUCCGACAAACUUCGAUAAUAACUAUUACAAGAACCUCGUGAGCCUGAAAGGUCUUCUUCAUUCUGAUCAGCAGAUCUAUAGUAAUGGCUCGACUUUCUUUAACUCUCAGGUUCAGAGCUAUGCGACUAACCCAGGAAGUUUCAGCUCCGAUUUCGUCGCUGCGAUUAUAAAGAUGGGUGAUAUAAACCCUCUAACUGGUUCUAAUGGCGAGAUCAGAAAGAAUUGCAGGAAGACGAACUAGAAAGAAGGAAUUUUGGGUUAUUAUAGUUUGUGACUGAUAGUUGGUUAUGUGGUCUUUUAGUAUGUCUUAUUUUGUUGUUUGUUAUAGAUGUUGGUCCAUAUAUUAAUAUAGAAGUUGUUUGUGUUAGCUUUAGUGUUUGUGAUGCAAUUUUGAGUUGUUAUGUGA